AAAAAUUAGGUAUUCUCUCCGUUGAGUUCCAGUCUUAGCAAGAAAUAUGGGAAAUUGCAUAGCUCCGCGGAAGAAGGCCAUCAAGGUCAUUAAAUCUGAUGGGCGAGUACUUGAAUACAACCCUCCGAUGAAAGUCUGCCAUGUGCUAUCAAUAUUUGGUGGCCAUGCACUCUAUGAUUCACUGCCUGUCGUCCGUCAUCUGCAUCCAGACACCGAUAUGAUUGGUGGUCGCGUCUACUAUCUUUUACCUCUUUUGACAGUUCAUCCGCAAAGGGCAAGGAAGGCGGGCGACGUUUCAAGUAAAAUCACUGCUACCGGGCAAGAAGGUGGAGUGUUGAGGAUAAAGCUCGUAAUCAGCAAGGAAGAAUUGCAAGCAAUGCUGCGGAAAGGUGGGAUUACGGUUGAUAAUAUGGUUUCUAAGCUUCAGAAUAACGGGAAAACGCAUGGUACUGAUAGCUUCAGUAGUGAUAGCAGGAGAAGCUCUCCGAGGUGGAUGCCUUUGCUGGAAAGCGUACCGGAAGGAAACUGAUUUCGGUGUUUCAAUAUAGUAAACAAAGGACAAUAGUUAACUCGAAAACAAGCGCUCCAACUGCCAAAAUAUUAUGAUUGCAACUCACUCCUGUGUUGUAAUUUGUAAAACCCCCAUACUGUAGUAGCUUACCUUCCACAUACAAGUAGCACAAAGGUAGCAGCUUUCCACCUGAUACUACAGCCUUUUUUCUAGUGCUUGCACGAAAUACUCGAAUUUAAAGAACUGGAACUUCAAAUCUAUCGAGAGAUCCAUCUACAUUUUUCAUCCCUAAGUCCUUAUCAACCAUAUUUCACCUAA